UUGGGCGUGAAUCCAUACAGCAGGUUGGUGCUGGGGCAGCCUCUCCACAUACUGCCUUCCUCUCCAGAGCAGCACGGACACACAACAGCCAUGACUUCAAAGGAGUACUGCAGAACAGGCAGUCUGGAUGAUGUUCCUUUUAUGGUUCCACUGGGCUGUCUGAGGGAGUCACAGGGAGUGAUGGAGCUCGUCACAGCCACAGAAAUCAAUGUUCCAGACUACUACCAAAUACUCCAGGACACACAGUAUGUCUUCUCUCUGGAAAACUGGGUUCUGACUAAGCUCCAAUCAGGUCCUCAAGAGGAACGCGGGGUGUCGACCCAUGGGCCCAUGCGAGCAUCUGUGGCUCCAUCCUGCCCGCCAUACUGCUUGCUGUUCAGGAGCCCCCAGGAGAGGCGUGCUGCCCGUCUCUGCUGCAAGGCCUUGUGCGAUGGAACAGUGCGUCCGCGCAGCCUGAGUCUGGGUGCGGCGGAGUCACGGCAGCCGCCCCUCCCCCGCUCUGUGCACUUCCACAUAGUUGACUCAGAGUGUGAGGGUGCCGGCUACUGUGAGGAUGACGAGCGCUCCUCACCGGAGGACGAGGUCCUCGUCCGGGGUGCGCCCAGACGCCCUCCGCCGCUGCUCCGCUCAGCCGCCCAGCUCCCGCAGGCCCACGUCCCCCGUAGCCUGGCCCCACUCCCCAAGGGCUCCACGAGCAGCCCGCACACCCAGAGGCCCUCGCGCAGGAGAACCGUCUCUGGGUGCUGCAGCUGGAAGAGGAACAAGCAGUGUAGGGCCCACCCCAGACCAUCAUCAGCCGGCCCUCUGCCCUCAGCACAGCUGCACAGGAAUGCCACGCAGGCUGUUCGUCCACAGACUUCUCAUGGAGGUCACAGCACGGGUGUGGACUCCUCAGUGGAGUUGCUCUGUGCUCUGAGUGAGGAGGAGAGAGAGCUGCUGGAGACCGUCACAGCACAAGGCUAUACACUCCGAACUGCCAUCCUUGCCCUGCAGCGUACUGGCCAACAUGGUGCAGAACAGACUCUAAAAUAUCUGCUGGCAUGUGAUCGCCUGUGUGCACUGGGUUAUGAGAAGACUCAGGUGGAGGAUGCUCUAGAGAUGUUUCAGAACUGUGAGAGCAAGGCUUCUGAAUUUCUGUGCUUGCUUGCCCAGUUCUGUGAGAUGGGCUUCCAGCAAAGCGCCAUUAAAGAGGUUCUACUGUUGCAUGAGAACCACCGCGAGAGAGCGUUAGAGGAACUCAUGACGCGUGUCGCCUGA